AUGGCAUCUGUAUCAGCAGACGCACUCAAAAACGAGGGCAACGAAUUGAUUGCUAAAAGAAGCUUCAAUGCCGCAAUUGACAAAUACAAUCAAGCAAUAGAACUCAACGCUAGUGUCCCUGCCUACUAUUCAAAUCGAGCCUUUGCAUACAUCAAGGUCGAAUUGUACGGAGCCGCUAUACAGGAUGCAAACAAGGCUAUUGAAAUUGAUCCAACCUUCGUCAAGGCUUACUAUCGCCGUGCCGUGGGAAAUAUGGCAAUGGGGAAAUUCAAAGAGGCUGUAAAGGACUUUCAGGCAGUGUGCAAAGUCGCUCCUCGUGAUGCAGAUGCUAAACUAAAGCUCAAGGAGUGCCAAGCAGAGUUAACUCGACGGAACUUUGAAAAGGCUAUUGCCGUAGAAGAUAGUAAAAAGAGCGCGGUCGAGUUGUUGGGAGAUGUAGAUAGUAUUAUCGUGGACCCAGCAUCGCCCGAACCUCAUCUACCAGCAGAAGGAAUCACACUCGAUUUCGUAAUGGCAAUGAUGGAGCACAUGAAGGCCCAAAAGAAACUACAUAGAAAAUACGUCUACAAGAUCAUGCUUGCAGCCAAAGCCGUCCUGGAAGCCUCAUCUACAAUCGUCGACGUACCCAUACCCACAAAUGGAUCCGUAACCAUCUGUGGAGACAUUCAUGGCCAAUACUAUGACUUGAUGAACAUUUUUGCUUUGAAUGGCCUCCCAUCCCCAACCAAUGCAUAUAUAUUUAAUGGUGAUUUCGUAGAUCGUGGUAGCUUCUCUGUAGAGUGUAUAUUGACCUUGUUAGCAUUCAAAGCCCUGUAUCCGGAUUCCUUCUUUAUGAGUCGUGGUAAUCAUGAAACCGAUGAUAUGAAUAAGGUAUAUGGAUUUGAAGGAGAAGUCAAGGCAAAGUAUUCGGAUGUUAUGAUGAAGUUGUUCUCGGAGAUAUUUAACGCUGUGCCAUUGGGUAACCUGGUUGGUGGUAAAAUAUUGGUAGUCCAUGGUGGUUUGUUUAGUAGAGAUGGUGUAACUCUAGAUGAGAUACGACAAAUCGACAGGUUUAAGCAGCCCGGAUCAGAGGGCCUGAUGUGUGAACUACUAUGGUCUGAUCCACAACCUCAACCAGGUCGAUCACCAUCUAAACGAGGAGUCGGAAUACAGUUUGGACCAGAUGUAUCGAAAGCAUUCUGUGACCUUAAUGGAUUGAAUUGUGUAGUUAGAAGUCACGAAGUCAGACAAGAAGGUUAUGCUGUAGAACACGACGGAAAAUGCAUAACAAUCUUCUCAGCACCCAACUAUGUCGAUGUCAGUGGAAACAAAGGAGCUUAUAUCAGAGUUACUCCUGAUUUCAACAUGAAGUAUAAUCAGUUUGAAGCUGUACCUCAUCCGAAUGUGAAAGCUAUGCAAUACGCACAGCAAUUCAUGUCAAACAUGAUGUAG